GCCGCGCCCGUCCAGCUCGCCAGCCCGUCGGUCCCCGCGGCGGCGGCGGCGGCGGCGGCUGCGGCCGGGUGACAGCAGCGGCGGCGCCAGGCUGGCUUGGUAGCGGAAGGGUCGCGCGGCCCGCACAACAAACGCACACCCGGCCGCAACAAGGCGCGACGCGAGGAAGGCCGAGGCGGGCCGCGCGGGAGACCGCGGGCCCGAGUGACAGGCCGGCGGGAGGGAGUGCGCAGGUUACGGCCGCCGGCGGCCCCGACCCGCCGGUGCCCUCGGCCGUCGCCGGCAUGAGCCACAUCCAGAUCCCGCCGGGGCUCACGGAGCUGCUGCAGGGCUACACUGUGGAGGUGCUGCGGCAGCAGCCGCCCGACCUCGUCGACUUCGCGGUGGAGUACUUCACACGCCUGCGCGAGGCCCGCGCCCAGGAUUCAGACACGCUCAUCGCCACCCCGACGACCUUUCACACGCGAGAGUCCAGCGCGGUGGCCGUCGAGGAGGACGAGGAGAGCGACUCCGACUCGGACGAGCUGGACCUGGCAGCAGUUCCGGCUCCUGGCAGGUUUACUAGACGAGUAUCAGUCUGUGCAGAAACCUAUAACCCUGAUGAAGAGGAGGAAGACAAUGACCCAAGGGUGAUUCAUCCCAAAACUGAUGAGCAGAGAUGCAGGCUUCAGGAAGCUUGCAAAGAUAUUCUUCUUUUCAAAAACCUUGAUCAGGAGCAGCUUUCUGAAGUUCUCGAUGCCAUGUUUGAAAAGAUAGUCAAACCUGACGAGCAUGUCAUCGACCAAGGAGAUGAUGGAGACAACUUUUAUGUCAUAGAACGGGGAACCUAUGACAUUUUAGUAACAAAAGAUAACCAAACACGUUCUGUGGGUCAGUAUGACAACCGUGGCAGUUUUGGAGAACUAGCUCUGAUGUACAAUACCCCGAGAGCUGCUACCAUUGUCGCCACCUCAGAAGGCUCCCUUUGGGGAUUGGAUCGGGUGACUUUUAGAAGAAUCAUAGUGAAAAACAAUGCAAAAAAGAGGAAGAUGUUUGAAUCAUUUAUUGAGUCUGUGCCACUCUUUAAAUCACUAGAGAUGUCAGAACGAAUGAAGAUUGUGGAUGUGAUCGGAGAAAAGAUCUAUAAGGAUGGAGAACGAAUAAUCACUCAGGGUGAAAAGGCUGACAGCUUUUAUAUUAUAGAGUCCGGGGAAGUGAGCAUCUUGAUUAAAAGCAAGACUAAAACGAACAAGAAUGGUGGGAACCAGGAGGUUGAGAUUGCCCACUGCCAUAAGGGGCAGUACUUUGGAGAGCUUGCACUGGUCACCAACAAACCCAGAGCUGCUUCUGCCUAUGCCGUUGGAGAUGUCAAAUGCUUAGUUAUGGAUGUUCAAGCAUUUGAGAGGCUUCUGGGACCGUGCAUGGACAUCAUGAAGAGGAACAUCUCACACUAUGAAGAGCAGCUGGUGAAGAUGUUUGGCUCCAACUUAGAUCUGCUGGACCCUGGGCAGUAGAUGUGGUGGACCUCAGAGCCUUCUCAGUGUGACACCAAACCCUUCCAGUCAGCCACAGAACACACACAGAAAACAGACACAACAGAACCGUUCCUGCUGUCGCCACCGCCGUUGCCAUUGCUGUGGUUAAGGGCAUUUAGAAAUCUUGAAAGUCAGCACUGAAAGAUGGACAGAGGCUCCGCCCACACCUCCACUUUGCUUCUGAAAGCCCAUCAGUAGACCACUUAUGUAACAGUUACUCAACCCUUUGUCACAUCUUUGGUUUAGAAUGGCAUGUCUCUCCAGCAAUUGAAGUGCCUGAUACAAAGUCCAAAGUGUAAACACCCUCCUUUUCUCUCUUGCUGCUAAUGUUGCUCUGAAAGUUACCUAAGGUCUGCAGAAACCUGUUGAACAACUGUAGACACCUCCACAGUCCUUCUCCAGGGAGGACAUGGUACAGCCUUCAGUCUCCUCAUUUGUCUUGUGAGCAAGUCCAGUGUGUUCACCGUUGCUGCUUUUGCUCUCCCAGUGGAGGAUGUUAGCAGUUAGAGUGGAGAUCUGUGCCACCCCAUAUAGCUGUGUCCAAGCCCACAGUGAUGUCAGAACAUGCCCCACGGAGGCCCAGGAGGUCUGACAGAGCAGACCGGCUGGUUCCUUAGAUUCACAUUAGCAGGAGACUUGGACUCAGCACUCUUGCCGGCAGUAGAGAGCCAGGAAGAUUUUUGGAUUAGGGGUUCUGUUUGUUUUUAGGAAGUUUUGUUUUGUUUAACCUCUGUGCAGUUUGCAUAAACAAAUCGCUGUCCAUUUCUAAGGAGCCAGGGGUAGCUGGUUAGGUCAGCUGGUUAGAGCAUGGUGCUGAUACAAAGAGCCAGGGUCUGGAGGUGUCAUCACUUUGUCUGACCCGAAUAGUUCCCUGAGGAGCCUCCCCAUGCCGUGUGGGCAGUUGCUGCCCCUGGUUGAUGGCAGUGGGUGGCGGGCGGUGUGCUGCACACGGGCCCUCCUCCUUCAGCACCGUUGCCUGGCUUGGCUAGUAAUCCUCCAUUUUUAGACUCCUAAAAGAGAAGCUAUUUUUUUUAAGGAGAUUAUUUCUCUAUUUAGGGAGUUCACUUUGGACAUGUCCAUAUACACGGGGUUUGUCAGCUGACUCAGACAUUUGUCCUAAAUAUCUGUUUUCAGAACUUGGUAUCAUUGGGGAAGGGGGUGGGCGUGGCUCAGUGGCAAAGCUCUUAUGUAGCAUGUGCAAGGCCCUGGGUUUGACCUCUAGCACUAUAAUAACUAACCACAGAAAGGUUACCAUUUAUAAACAUAGACUUACUGUGAAGGCCUUUCUAACUGUCUCUCUCAGCUUUUGCCAUGGUCACUGUAGCCAGAAAUGUCCAGAGUAGACGAGUCACCACAAUUUUGGUAACUACUCACUCUCUUGUGUUCCAUGAAGUAGCAGGACUCUUCAGACUGCCCUAACUAAGUAGCCUAGGUUACAGCUCUGGGAAUUGUACGGCUGUAACUACUACUCCAAAGCAGGCAGCUAGCACUGGGAAACUCUUGUGGUGAUCCUGAAUUUUCCUAAGGUCUUUUCUACGAUACUGCUUUAUUAAAUAAAUCAGACCUUGUACCUUGACUGAACAAUACCUGACUCUUGCAAAGGUAAGAGGUGCGUUGGGCUCCAGGAGUAGCCCAAAAGUCCAGCCCCUAGAUCCUAGAAGAACUCUGAACCCCCACUCCAGCCUCCCUGCCAGCAUGGGUUAGGGCCGGCUUGAAUCUCAUGCCAGAGUUACUGCUGCAGGCUGCUAGGGGUGGGCUUUCUCAGGCUGCCCUCAGACAUCCCAGGCUCAUCUUCAGAGCCCCCUUGUUACCCUUCCUGCCUCACUGAUGGCUGUUCUUUUACAGAGUAGAAGUCAUCAGGUGUAAGUUCUGCUGCUCACUUACUGAUUGAACCCUCACUGCAGUGUGCCCCCUGUGACAGGGCCAUGGGAGAGAUUCGUCCAGUCUGCAGAAGGAGACGGUAAAGGAGCUAGUGUGAGCAAUUACCACAGUGCCAGAACCUGACAGUGUUCAGUUCUCUGCAGCUUAGAGAGUCAAAGGUGACACCCAGGUGUUACUCAAGGUCACAGUGUUCCUGUUGUGCCAGCAACCCCUGCAGCUGACAGUUGAGCCCCACAGGGGUGGGGGGACAGACUGUCAGGUCCCUCUGCACCUCUCCUGAGGAUUAGAGCUCCCGUCUUCCCUGGCUUUGCUAUUGACUUUGGCCGAUAGAGAACAGUCCUCAGAGCCUUGAGGUCACCUGCAAGAUUCUCCUUCCUUCCUGUCCCCAGCCUCGCCCACUCACUCUUCUGUCUCUUUGCAGGACGGGCUCUUGUGUUCUUGCCCUCUGAGUUCAGUCUUCAUAAAGAAUUCGAUGUCCCUGAUAUAGAGUCUCAGAAAUGGGUAUUGAGCUUUUUUUUUUUUGAGCAGUGUAGUGAGAAGUUCAGCAGCAAAGUGGCAAAAUAAGUAAAUAAAUAAAAUAAAAUAAAAGCUCUCCAGCUGGAGAGGUUGCGUUUAUCCCCAUUGCAUUCUCUGCUCAUGAUGGUGGAGCCAUUGUGUGCCGCUGUCACCCUGGUGCCCUGCGCACAGCGUUUUAUGGCGUGUCACAGCCUCCAUUUUAAAAAGAUGAAAGCAUCUUGCACAGAGAAAGAAAAGGACCCAUGAAUGUCAUCUUUUAUCUUUCUCAGUCAGUUGAUAUUGGAAUUUUUGUUUUUGAUACGCAUUUGUAAGCCAAUCUCGCCAAGUUACAGGUUGUUUUGAUUUUUUGCUUCGAUUACCUCCUGUCUUGACUGCUGACGUUCCUCUGUGAUUCUAAUGUCUAUCUGAUGGGAAGUAGCCUUCCCAGGGGUUUCCUAUUAAUACUGCAGGGCUAUCUUUAUACUUCAAACAAAACAAACAAAAGAAUGAAAACUGUCGCUCACCUCAUGGGGGAUUUGCAGAAAACCAUUUAGCCCACCUUGAGCAAAGGUUAGAUUCCUCCGUUUUUUGUUGUUGUUGCUGUUUGGUUUUUAAUUCAUUGUAAUACAAAAUCCAACUGAGCAUUAUUGUGCUACCUCAAAGGUAAAAAUAUUCUAAGGUCAUCUUUUGGUCCUGAGUUCUAUACAUGGUGUUUGAAAUGUCUUUCAAUUGGAAUUAUUUUUUAAAUUGUUGGGGUGAAUCUUACUUGUUUUACACUUGUGUUUUAAUCUCAAGAAUAUAUAUGAUUGGAAAGCAAACAAUUCUUGAUCUAUGGUAUUGAACAUAAAAUUACAAGCCACUAAGAAUCAUUGUUUGCUAAAAACAAGGUUGAGGGUUUUGUUCUGUUUUAUUUUUUAAAGGAAACUCUAGGGCUCGGCUUCACUCUUGAUUAAUAAAGGCUGACAAAUCAUGGAUGA